AUGUCUAAACCUGUCAUCGCAAUCAUUGGAAUCAAUGGUAAUCUCGGCUCCCCAGUCAUUAAACAAUUGACCUCGCCACAAUUCAAAGAUAAUUUCAGCUUGCCAAUUAAAGCUAUCACCAGAGACGCUUCCAAAAAACUUACCGAUGAACUAAUUGAGUACAUUGAAAUCAACGAGUUGAACGUUGAAAAAUACGUCCAAGCGUUGACCGGGGUCGACGUUGUCAUUAGUUUGGUGGGUCCUCGACAAAUCUUAGAUACUCUUGCUGAGGCAUUGAAAAUUGCCAAACCGAAAUUAUAUAUCCCAUCGCAAUUCGGGACGUUGAUUGCUGAUGGAGAGAAAGUGAUUUCUGGAGUGGUUGGUUAUAAAGACAAACACAGUCAAAGGGUAAGGGACGAAGCAGGGGUGAAAACCGUGGAUAUCAGCACUUCGUUAUUUUGCGUUCCUGGACUGUUCUUGUAUGAACUUGUGGGUUGUGCUGGGUAUGAUCGGGACACUAAUCAAAUCACUUACAUUGGGGAUGAGAAUACCAAAUUCGGUACCAGUUCGUUAAUCGAUAUCGCCAAAGUCAUUGCCAUUCUUGUUUCUAAAAGUAAUUAUCAGGAUAUUCCAAAUAACGUCAAUAUUUAUUCCGAUAUCACAUCCCAAAGGGAAAUCGUUGAUCAUUACGUGGGAACCCAUCCUGAUAUUCAGCCAGUUAAACAAUUGCCAAAUAUCCCAUUGGACGAGGCAAUUGUCCAAGUGAAAAAAGCCCUUGCCAAUGGGUUUUCCAUGAAGCCAUUCAUGAAAUAUUUACAAGUGUUGAGUGCGGCUGGAGAAGGUAAAGGGUUGGCAUUUAUUGACAAUAAUCAUAGAGAGUAUGUUAAUCCGGGAGAAUCUAUUUUCACAUGGACCAAGUAUCCAUGA